AUGUUUUCUACACCGCGAAUAAACUCCAGUGACGGUCCUUUGUGCCACUCUACUCCGCGAACCGAGAAACUCGAGUCUCAUUUCGAGUCCAGACCCGUUAUCAACCUCCCCGUGAGCGUUUACGGAUGGUAUCGCGUACUAAUAUUUAGCAACGACCGUCGGGAGUCCAUCAACCGAGUGUUGCGGCGUCUUCGCAGGAUUUUAAGCCCAUUAAAACUAGAUCCUCGCUAUAAACACUCUGGUGGUGAAUACGAUGUGCCUGGGGACGCUGGCGCCCAGUUUACUUUCUACGUUGACAGUUACAACGUAGCGAAUGCUUUAUUUCGCCGCAAAAGGCUGGAUGAUCGCACGUGGCUGAAAGUCAGUGACCGGAUGCCCUGUGUCCGGAUUACUUCGGCCUUCAGGUGGCGAUUGAAAAGGGUGCUCCUUGAAAGGUAUAACCCUGAUCAGCGCAGCCUGGAUCUCACGCUGUUUCACAUGGACGAAGCCUGGCGCGGGGAAUUCUGCGCCCUUGCUGAAUCUUGCUGUAUGAGCACGGUUAUCGGUAUAAUGGAGCGAUGUAUUCCACAGUUGAAGCGCCUGAUAUUGGACCGGAAUCACUUGACCCACCUGUGGAUCUUCACUCAUUUCGAGAGGCGUUUUCCGUCGCUCCAAUGUGUCUCUUUAAAAAACAACGACAUCGACAGCAUUGGUUUAUUGCGGGUUUUCCAAUUUCUCCCCCUGGUCGAACUAAACCUCGAGAGGAAUCUACUGCCGCCUGGAUACGAACGAAAUGUCCUUGAUAUUUGGCCAAGUCUGCAGGUGCUCAAUGAUAUUCCUGUGAGACGCUACCAUUAAUCUAGUUUUUAUGAACGUGCAAAACAAUGGACUCCUUUUCAGCGGAUUAAGAUUUCUUCAGUUGACUUA